CUCCCCCCAGCCUGUAUGUGGACUGUUAUAAGGCAAGCAAAGUUUGACAAGUCAGUCUAAGUUUCUCCCUGGUCCCAAACUUGGAUUUCAAGAAAGUGGUGACUGUUUUCAAGAAGUGACAGGGAAAGUCCCUAGGGGCUGUCUUCUUCCUUCUGAGUAACUUUCCAGCUAAAGCUCCUUCAUCAUGGGUGACUGGAGUGCUUUAGGGAGGCUCCUGGACAAGGUACAGGCUUACUCCACGGCUGGAGGGAAGGUGUGGCUCUCUGUCCUCUUCAUCUUCAGGAUCCUGGUGUUGGGAACGGCUGUGGAGUCUGCCUGGGGGGACGAGCAGUCCGCCUUCAAGUGCAACACCCAGCAACCUGGUUGUGAGAAUGUGUGUUAUGACAAAUCUUUUCCUAUAUCACAUGUACGGUUCUGGGUGCUACAGAUUAUCUUUGUCUCGACGCCGACUCUUCUCUACCUUGCCCAUGUGUUCUACCUGUUGCGAAUAGAGCAGAAGAUUAACCGCAAAGAGGAAGGGCUGAAAACCAUCCAGAACGACGGAGGCGACGUGGACAUACCGCUAAAGAAGAUUGAGUUAAAAAAGCUCAAGCAUGGGCUGGAGGAGCAUGGGAAGGUUAAGAUGAAGGGAGCCCUCUUGAGAACCUACAUAUUCAGCAUUUUUUUCAAGUCCAUUUUUGAGGUGGGCUUCCUGGUCAUACAGUGGUACAUUUACGGCUUCAGUUUGGCUGCUGUCUACACCUGUGAGAGGUCCCCCUGCCCCCACAGAGUAGACUGUUUCCUCUCCAGACCCACUGAGAAAACCGUCUUCAUCAUCUUCAUGCUGGUGGUCUCUCUGGUCUCCCUGCUUCUGAACGUCAUUGAGCUCUUCUACGUGAUGUUCAAGAGGAUCAAGGACCGCGUGAAGGGGAAACAACCUCCCAUCCACUACCCUGGCACUGGGACGUUAAGCCCCACUCCCAAGGAUCUGUCCACCACUAAGUAUGCCUACUAUAAUGGCUGUUCCUCUCCCACUGCCCCCCUGUCACCCAUGUCACCCCCGGGGUACAAGCUGGCCACUGGGGAGAGAACCAACUCUGUUCGCAACUACAAUAAGCAAGCCAAUGAGCAAAACUGGGCCAACUACAGCACGGAGCAGAACCGCCUGGGCCAGAAUGGCAGCACCAUCUCCAACUCCCAUGCACAGGCCUUUGACUUUCCUGACGACACCCAGGAGAGUAAGAAACUGACCCCAGGGCACGAGCUGCAGCCGUUGGCCUUGAUGGACCCCAGGCCCUGCAGUCGGGCCAGCAGUCGCAUGAGCAGUCGGCCGAGGCCAGAUGAUCUAGAUGUCUAGCCCCCCUCCCAUUGGUGUCAGAGAACAGAGAACAGGAAGCAUUCUCAAAGUGCUGAAGUGGACUGGGCCCAUUCACUGUCCUCACCAGAGAAUCUAGUCAAUAAAGAGACAUUCAAAUACUUACACUGUUGGAGGUACUAUACAUUUAUUGAUUACUUUCAAACUAGUGGAGCUAACAAGCUUUAAAGAGAAAACAACUCGUUGGUGAAGAACAUGUGACCGUGUUCCGAUAACUGUGCCUAACAGUCCCUCAUUUCACUUUAGAGGAAUAUGCCUUGGUGAUGUGUUUGGUUUAGUUAUCAUGUUUUUACCUGUAGGAUUCAUUACGCAGGAUGGCAUUUAUUGUCAUGAAUCUUGCCCUGGAGGCAGCUCUGCUGAGUGGUCACUAGCUGGUACAGCCACAAAGUCAUACAAUUUCAUUUGAACUUCUUACCUUACCUGCUAAUCCUAAUGUCUAACCCAAACCUUAAAUUAAGACCGCUUUUAAAUUUUAAUUUUUUUAUGAUAAAACCAAUUUUGACUUUGCAGCUGCCGGCCCAUCUAGCAGAAAUUGCUCAGUUCUGCCUCCAGUGCAAGAUUUAUGACAAUAAACUUCAACCUGCUUCCACCAUAUGGCCACACACAAUGACACAAUGACAUUACAUCUAGAAAGAUGACUAUUCAAUAUAAUAGCAAUGUGUCUUUUUCCAGGCCUUGGAAGUAGUUUGAAAAACACUUGGCUUUUAAGUCUCCAUCACACUCAUUGUCUGUAUGACUUCCAAGUAUAUCUUGUCAAACUGGGUUGUGAGAAGGAUGCUCAAAUUCAUGAAUAAAUAUGUAUUUAUUAGUAUGCAGGACAUCCACCACUAGAAAAAGAUUGACUACUAUCCAAGGUCAUGUCCAUACACCCAACUGCAUAUUUAUUGAUAAUAAUCCAAAUUACAGCAGUACAAUUUGUUCAACAAAUAAGAGGUUGAUUUUUAUUAUUGUGGACUGUCAUUUCCUGAUAAACUUUGAAUUUAUGUGGUGUCAGUUGAUUUAUUUUAUGUUUUUUUAUUUUUUUUUAAUUUUUUGAGUUUGUUGUCAGAGGGUGGACUCAAGCUGCUGGAAGAGAAAUACAGAGCAACAGUUUUGUAUUGCAAUGUGUCUCGGAAGCAUCUUUGAACUAAAGGCUUUAUAUUUUUCUCAUUUUAAAGUGUGUUUGUUUUUUAAUGUUGUUUCCUGUUGGAUGGUAGAGGAGGGCAAUAGAAUGAUUUUUUUUUGUUUUGCCUUUUGAGUGAAUGAUUUUUUUUCCCAAACUCAAUGUAAUCAUUGCUGCUUGAGAGAUAGAUAUUUAGUACUGUAAAUCAAGCUAACUGUGUCACAAAUGUGAGUUUUUAGAAGACUGCUUAUAGAGCCGGACUAAUAUUUAGUCAAAUAUAUUAAAAGGUAUAUGCCAAUGUAGCUCCACACCUACCAUACACUUGUAAAUGGGAUUUUCAAUUGGAAAUGUUCAUGUUUUCUUUCCGGGUUUUUUCUCCAAUUUUGCAUUUAUAGUAUUUCGGUACUCAAACAGAGAGUUUCAUGGGUUUUUCAGCUACGAUGGUGUUUGCACUGAGAUCUUGACUAGGGUUUAAUAGGAUUCAAAAAGUGCCAAGUGUUUUCGGAUAUGCAUGUUACUAAUUUAUUUUACAACACCAGGCAGAAAUCACUUCAGUGCAUACAUUCAGACAGUGCUUUUGUUUGACCACUGGUUUCAAUGAUCUUGCAAGGCUAAAGCAAAGGGCCUCCAUACAGAGUACAGGACGAACUUGGGUGUACAUUUGUUUGAUAACGUGAUCAAAUAACGCCAUUCCAUGGAAAUCCACUGUUGUACAGUGUGUAAGUGCAUGAUAGCAAAAAACCUCAUUAAUCAUAUCUGUGAAAAGCUAUUUUAACCCAAUAAAGAUUUUUUCUUUCUUAA